AUGAAGAGAUGUGAAUCUGAGCUCUGUCUCCUUGACAGCGACCUCUUAGAAAACACAACAAACACGUACAACAGAGAUAGCGAAGAUGCAAGAUCGUCGGGCUAUGAAUCGUGUGACUCAUUCACCCAGGCCCCGUCACCACCUUCAACUCCAUCCUCCAAGGUCAGAGCCUCAUCUAGCGGCCACAAGGAGGUAAUGAUGUACAGCAACAUGGCCGACCUGUCAGAAAGUCUACAGUACAUCACUAGUAUGCCGGAGUUGUGUGACGUCACUUUUCUAGUUGGCAACCGGCAGCUUCCCAUUCAUGGAGUUAAAGCAAUCCUGGCUACCAGGAACAGGGUUUUCUAUCAGAUGAUCUUGCAUCACCAGAGGAAGGUCACAGAGUCGGUGAAACCUAAAUCUCGACUGAGGAUGAGAGCCAAGUCGUCAGCUGUCAACCUGCACAGCAAACUCCAGAUCCCAAUCCCAGACUACGACCAUGUUGUCUUUUCCAGUCUUCUUAACUUCUUACACUCCGGCCGAGUUCGAGUACAACUUGGAACAGUCACAGGUUUAUUCUGUGCUGCCAUAGAAUUUGGACUGAAGGAUCUGCAGAAAGCAUGCUGGGACUUCUUAAAACGGUGUGAAGGUGAAGAUCAGAAGAGGGCUUUGAUGACGUCAACACAACACUACCUUAAGAAGAAGGGAGCUCAGAAAAUCUUGUCCCAAGUGUGCAGGUUGUGAUUAUUUGAGGACCGUAAUUGCUCUGGUUUCCUAUAAUAUAUCUCUUGGACACAGUCAAACUGUGGAACCAUUAGUGCUUCAAUAUACAUUUUCAACGACUGACCAUUGGCUGGCAUUCCGACGGCCCGGGCGAAGCUGAUCAAAGUGGAAACUGAUGUCACUUCCUAUUGAUUGUUAACUGACACACAAUACCAGAGAUGGAGAUCCCUGAUUUUUCUUACACAACGAGAAAAUCAG